CACCAAGGCAGCUGGUCUUCCUCACAUUCUUUCUUUCUUUCUUUCUUUCUUUCUUCAUUUCUUUUAAUUGCCUUGUGUACCGGACUGAUACCCACAGAGAGAACUGCAUAUAUCAUCUGCAUAUAAGUGUAAUACUGCCAUGUCAUCCAUGUGUCCACGUCUAGCCUUUGUGCUCCUCUUUGCCUUUUCCGACUGGAACGGCUCUACCAUGGCAUUCCCUUUUAACACAUCUGUGGAGGGCAGUGGAGAUGAACCGGAACUGAUUUUCCCGAUAUCCCAUGCCACCGACUUACCUCCACCCUCACCCACACCUAUACUUAGCAUCACCACUACCUUCAUCCGCAUCAAGCACUUCCUGUUUCACGAGGUGGUGGAUUUCCUGCGUGACAAUAUGCUUCUUAUCAUUGUGGUGAUGUCACUGCUCAUUGUCAUUAUCUUCAUUGCCUGUUGUGCUUCAGCCAUGAGCCACAAACGCAAACUCGAAGCCUACUACCCACCCAAGAAACAUGCACCCAGGAAAUACAUGGCUGUACCAAGCAAGGGGGUGGAGCAAAGCCUGCUGGUGCCAAACAAUGUCACCACUAGCUACCUGCGUGCUCCGUCUAAAGCUCUAGUAGGUGAAAAGGGCAAAGAUCCUAGACCAAAGCCGAAGGAGGUGCAGAAAGCGGAAGAUGUCGAGGAAGUAGAAGUGCAAAAGGAAGAAGAAAAGAAGAAGGAGGAGCCCAAGCCAAGCACAUCCAUGGCAGGUAAUGGCCAGGUACUUGUGUGCACCUGCCACCUGAGGAAAGCAAAUCAAGCCUCACAGUAAGAAAGCAGAUGGAUUGUUAAGGAACGGCUCUCUUCAAAGGACUUGUUGAUUUGGGAUAAAUACAUCUCUUGUUAAUUCAUUGGAUUGAGAUACAGCUACAGAACCUUCUGCUUCUGGCAUUUCAGUUAUUCAAUGCUGCAGUCCAGGCAGUAUGUUGAGCUGAAUUUAAAAGAUUAAUCUUUUAUACACCAUCUUACAGAAUACUAUCCUUUGAUUUGAGCAAUCCUUUUGCAUCUUGAAAAUGUUCUCACUUUCUGGCUUUGUUGGAUUUGAAUUAGAGGUUUUUAUCCCAUUUCACUAAACACCCUCAUUCUGAGAUAACACAAUCACCAUAUAGAGAAAUGUUAUGUAAUGUUAUACAUAAAGCAUGUUUUUAAUAUUUAGGUUUUAAAGCUUAUUCUAUCGGAAAUCAUCAAAGACUGAGGUGUUCAUUACCAAAACCAAGGGUGAGUAUUAAAUAAGGAAUAAAACAAUUAGCGGUCUGCUGGUUUAGCAAAACAAUCAAUGAUGUAGAAAUAUGAUGUGGCUAAGUUCCUGUUAUCGCCAUCAUGUUUAUUGUUUUCAUAUAAUCUUAAACUGUUUUUUUUGUCAUAUUACCACAGAAUAUUUUUUUAUUCUGAUGAGCCACACAUGGUACUUGUUACGUUUAAUGUUUUAAUAAUAUAAACCUCUGAUUUGCAGCUGGCAUUAUUGUCAGAGUUGCUGUUAUAGAAAAUUAAUCAACAUCUUUUGACCAAUCAGGUUCAAGAAUUUGACAGUGUUGCGGUAUAGAUCUUGUCUGUUAAAAGUGAUAUGAUUCUAAACCUGUUUGUUGCCUUUUUAUAGUUUAUGUGACUUGAAAUAUGCAUUACUGUUUACAUGAACUCAUUAAUAACAAACAUUCUCACUAUCAUCAUGUAGUGCAACUUAUUUUGUUUACAAUGCUAGAAAUAAAACCUUAAAACUCCUGACUUGAGGAACCAUGUGAUAUUAUAUAAAAAAAAUUUCACACUUUCAUAUUUAUGUAGCUAAACACUGGGUCUGGAUUUGACCCUGAUACCCAAAAAACACAACAUCUAACCAGUUGUAAACAGACUUGUUAUCUAAUAUUUUGUGUAGUCAAUUUUGUACUGUCUUUGUUAAGUGGCUUUUAGCAACUGCUUAAUAUCUGUUUUGU